GCCCACUGCCUGCCUGCCUGUGCCCGGAGGACGAGCAAGAGCGGGCGGCGUCCCGCACUGCAGCGCGAGCGCGCCCGCGAGCGGCCGUGGAUCCUAGAGUGCGGCCGGCCAGCGCCGAUUGGGCGGUGCGCAGGCAGACAGGCCGAGUCCGCCGUCGGGUCCCGCCCCGCUCCCCGCCAUGCCGGCUGCGGGGUGCGCCUGAGCCGCGGCCGCCGGCGCCGGGCGGGUCCCCUCGGGGCCGCGCCGGGGCCAUGCGCGCGCUGCCCUGACGAUGCCGCCCGCCGCGCCCGCCCUCCUGGCCCUCGCCCUGGGCCUAGGCCUGUGGCUCGGGGCGCUGGCGGGGGAGCCCGGGCGCGGCUGCGGCCCGUGCGCGCCCCCCUGCCUCUGCGGCCCGGCGCCCGGCGUCCCUUGCCGCGUCAACUGCUCGGGCCGCGGCCUGCGGACGCUCGGGCCCGCGCUGCGCAUCCCCGCGGACGCCACCGCACUGGACAUCUCCCACAACCUGCUCCAGGUGCUGGACGCCGGGCUCCUGGCCAAGCUCUCGGCGCUGACGCAGCUGGACAUAAUCAACAAUAAGAUUUCUACAUUAGAAGAAGGAAUAUUUGCUAAUUUAUUUAAUUUAAGUGAAAUAAACCUGGGCGGGAAUCCGCUAGAGUGUGACUGCGGCCUGGUGUGGCUGCCCCGCUGGGCGGCUGAGCAGCAGGUGCGCGUGCUGCGGCCUGAGGCAGCCACGUGUGCUGGGCCCGGCCCCCUGGCUGGCCGGCCCCUCCUGGGCGUCCCCUUGUCAGACAGCCUCUGCGGUGAGGAGUAUGUUGCCUGCCUCCCCAGCAACAGCUCUGGUGGUGCCCUGACCCUGGUGGCCUUCAGAACUGCCCGUGAGGGCCCUCUGGCGCCCAAGGCCUGCAGUGCCUUCUGCUUCGCAGCUGGCCAGGGCCUCGCGGCCCUCUCAGAGCAGGGCCAGUGCCUGUGCGGGACGGCCCAGCCCCCCAACGCCUCCUCAGCCUGCCUGCCCUUCUGCUCCAGCCCCCCGCUGCGCCCUGCUCCUGCCUGUGGGGGCCCCACUCUCCUCCAGAACAUCUUCCCUGCCUCCCCAGGGGCCACCCUGCUGGGGCCCCAAGGACCCCUGGCCUCCGGCCAGCCAGCAACCUUCCACAUCACUGCUUCACUGCCCAUCAGCUCCACACACUGGGACUUUGGUGACGGCUCCCCCGAGGUGGACGUGGCCGGUCCGUCCGCCACCCACCGCUAUGUGCUGCCCGGACGCUAUCACGUGACUGCUGUGCUGGCCCAGGGGGCUGGCUCAGCUUGGCUUGGGGUGGACGUGAAGGUGGAGGCAGCGCCUGCCGCCCUGGAGCUCGUGUGUCUGGUCUCGGUGCGGAGUGAGGAGACCUUCGAGCUCAGUGUCCGAAAUCGUGGCGGCUCAGACCUGGACGCCACCUACAGCAUCAUGACCCUGGGCGACGAGCCGGCCCAAGUGGUGCAUCCGCUCUGCCCCUUGGACACCGAGAUCUUCCCUGGUAAUGGGCACUGCUACCGGCUGGUGGCAGAGAAGGCAGCCUGGCUGCAGGCGCAGGAGCAGUGCCAAGCCUGGGCCGGGGCCGCCCUGGCCAUGGUGGACAGUCCUGCCAUCCAGCACUUCCUGGUCUCCCAGGUCACCAGGAGCCUGGAUGUGUGGAUUGGUUUCUCUGCUGUGGAGGGAACGGUGGCAGGCGUGCCCCUGGCUGAGGCCUUCAGCCUGGAGAGCUGCCAGAACUGGCUUCCUGGGGAGCCACACCCCUCCUCGGCUGAGCGCUGCGUGAGGCUCGGGCCCGCCGGCCAGUGCAACACGGACCUGUGCUCCGCGCCGCAUAGCUACGUGUGUGAGCUGCAGCCUGGAGGCCCAGUGUGGGACGCGGAGAACUUCCUUAUGGGAGCGCCCGCUGGGGACCUAGAAACGUCCAGAACCAUGAAUCCCAUUGAGCUAUGCCUUUUGAAUGGUGCUGUCCAACUGCGGGGUGAGCAGGAGCUCCUGGGGAGGGUGUGUGGACGCAGAUGUGGGUCCGCGCUUCACGCCCUGGUGCUGGGUCACCUUCCAGGUGAGGACGGCGAGGAAUCCAGAGGUGGAGGGAGGUACAGCCCCGUGGUAGAGGCCGGUUCAGACGUGAUCUUCCGCUGGACCAUCGAUGACAAGCAGUCCCUGACCUUCCACAACGUGGUGUUCAACGUCAUCUACCAGAGUGCUGCUGUCUUCAAGCUCUCGCUGACAGCCUCCAACCACGUGAGCAACGUCACUGUGAACUACAAUGUCACCGUGGAGCGCAUGCACAGGAUGCAGGGCCUCCACAUGUCUGUGGUGUCGCCCGUGCUGCCCCUCGGUGCCACACUAGCGCUGGCUGCCGACGUGCUCGUGGACGCAGCCGUGGACGUGGCCUUUCUGUGGACCUUCGGGGAUGGCGAGCAGGUGACGGGCCAGUUCAAGCCUCCGUACAACAAGUCCUUCCAGGUCCCAGACCCCACAGUGGCCCAGGUGCUGGUGGAGCACAACAUCACGCACAGCUACACAGUCCCAGGUGUGUACAACCUGACCUUGCUCGUGUCCAAUGCCUUCGAGAACCUGACUCGGCAAGUACCUGUGAGUGUGCGCGCCUCCCUACCCGCCGUGGCUGUGGCUGUGGGCAGCCGCGUCCUGGUGGCGGGGCAGCCUGUCACCUUCUCCCCACACCCGCUGCCUUCGCCCGUGGGCGUCCUCUACUCGUGGGACUUCGGGGACGGCUCCCCAGCCCUGAUGCAGCACCAGCCUGAGGUCAACCACACAUUUGCCUCACGGGGCAUGUACCAUGUCUGCCUGGAGGCCAACAACAUGGUGAGCAGUGCCGCGGCCUGCACCAGCGUCCGUGUCCUUGACAGGCUCCGUGGCCUGCGCGUGAGGCUCAGCCCCGCUGUGGAGCAGGGCGCACCAGUGGUCAUCAGCGCCACCCUGGAGUCGGGUGACAAUGUCACAUGGACUUUUGACAUGGGGGAUGGCACGGUGCUCUCAGGCCCCGAGGCCACGGUGGAGCAUGUGUACCUGCGGGCACAGAACUACACGGUGACUGUGGGAGUGUCCAGCCCGGCUGGCCAGCUGGCCCAGAGCCUCUCUGUGCAGGUCUUUGUCCUGGAGGUGCUGUGGAUUGACCCCACGGGCUGCAUCCCUGAGCAGCCCCAUGCUCGUCUCACAGCCCACGUCACCGGGAACCCUGCCCUCCACAUCUUCGACUGGACCUUUGGGGACGGCUCAUCCAACAUGACCAUCCAGGGGGACCCCACAGUGACACACAACUUCACACGGAGUGGCACGUUUCCCCUGGCGCUGGUCCUGUCGAGCCGCGUGAAUAAGGCGCACUACUUCACCAGCGUCUGUGUGGAGCCCGAGGUGGGCAACGUCACCCUGUGGCCUGAGAGGCAGUUUGUGCAGCUUGGGAAUGCAGCCCAGCUGGCGGCCUGUGCCUGGCCCUCCUCCCCCUACCGCUACACCUGGGACUUUGGCACGGAGGCUGCCGCCCACACCGGGGGCCCCGAGGCCACAGUCACCUACCGAGACUCGGGCUCCUACCUGGUGACAGUCACAGCGUCCAACAACGUCUCAGCUGCCAACGACUCGGCACUCGUGGAGGUGCAGGAGCCCGUGGAGCUCACGGGCAUCGAGGUCAACAGCUCCCAUGUGCUGGAGCUGCAGCAGCCCUACCUGCUCUCCGCUGUGGGCCGUGGGCACCCCGCCACCUACCUGUGGGAGCUGGGGGAUGGCGGGUGGCUUGAGGGCCCCACGAUCACCCAUGUCUACAAUAGCACAGGCCGCUUUGCCAUCAGGGUUGCGGCUUGGAAUGAGGUGAGCCGCAGCGAGGCCAGGCUGAACGUCACAGUGCAGCAGCAUGUGCGAGGGCUCAGUGUCAACGCCAGCCGCACGGUGGUGCCCCUGAACGGCAGUGUGAGCUUCAGCACAUUGCUGGAGGCAGGCAGUGACGUGCGCUACUGCUGGGUGCUCUGUGACCGCUGCACACCCAUCCCUGGGGGCCCCACCAUCUCCUACACCUUCCGCUCGGUGGGCACCUUCAACAUCAUUGUCACAGCUGAGAACGAGGUAGGCGCUGCCCAGGACAGCAUCUUCGUCUAUGUCCUGCAGCGCAUCGAGGGGCUGCAGGUGGUGGGCGGUGGCAGCAGCUGCUGCUUCCCCACUAACCGCACGCUGCAGCUGCAGGCCGUGGUCCAUGACGGCACCAACGUCUCCUACAGCUGGACUGCCCAGCGGGACGGUGGCCUGGCCUUGGCUGGCAGCGGGAAAACCUUCCUGCUCACUGUGCUCGAGGCUGGCAUGUACCAUGUCCAUCUGCGGGCCACCAACAUGCUGGGCAAUGUCUCGGCCACUCGCACCGUGGACUUUGUGGAACCUGUGGGGUGGCUCUCUGCGGCCGCCUCCCCAAACCCAGCUGCUGUCAACACGAGUGUCACUCUCUGUGUCGAGCUGGCUGGUGGCAGCAGUGUCAUUUAUACCUGGUCCCUGGAGGACGGGCUGAGCUGGGAGACCCCAGAGCCCUCCACCCUCCAUGCCUUUGUUACCCCUGGCCUGCACCUGGUCACAGUCACAGCCAAGAAUGAACUGGGCUCAGCCAACGCCACCAUUGAGGUGGUCGUGCAGGUGCCUGUGAGCGGUCUCAGCAUCAGGGCUGGUGAGCUAAGCCGUGGCUUUGUGGCAGCCAGCUCCACUGUGCCCUUCUGGGGGCAGCUGGCCUCGGGCAGCAACGUGAGCUGGUGCUGGGCCACUCUGGGUGGCAGCAAGCAUGGCCAGCAUGUGACCAUGGUCUUCCCUGAUGCCGGCACCUUCUCUGUUCAGCUCAACGCCUCCAAUGCAGUCAGCUGGCUGGUAGCCACACACAGCCUCACAGUGGAGGAGCCCAUUGUGGGCCUGGUGCUCUGGGCCAGCAGCAAGGUGGCAGCGCCUGGGCAGCCGGUCCACUUUCAGAUCCUGCUGGCCACUGGCUCAGCUGUCAGCUUCCGCCUGCAGGUCAGUGGGGCCGUCCCUGAGGUGCUCUCUGGGCCUCAGUUCUCCCACAGCUUCCCCCGCGUUGGGGACCACACAGUGAGCAUCCAGGCUGAGAACCACGUGAGCAGGGCGCAGGCCCAGGUGCGCAUCUUGGUGCUGGAGGCCGUGGGCGGGCUCCAGGUGCCCAACUGCUGCGAGCCCGGCAUUGCCACGGGCGCUGAGAGGAACUUCACAGCCCGGGUGCAGCGGGGCUCCCGCGUCGCCUAUGCGUGGUACUUCUCCUUGCAGAAGGUCCAGGGGGACUCACUGGUCAUCCUGUCGGGCCGCGAUGUCACGUACACCCCUGUGGCCGCGGGGCUGCUGGAGGUCCAUGUGCGAGCCUUCAACGAGCUGGGUGGGGUGAACCGCACACUGGUGGUUGAGGUUCAGGAUGUCAUCCAGCACGUGGCACUGCACAGCAGCCGCUGUUUCACCAACCGCUCAGCCCGGUUCGAGGCUGCCACGAGCCCCAGUGCCCGGCGUGUGGCCUACCACUGGGACUUUGGGGAUGGGGCCCCAGCGGAGGACACACAGGAGCCCUGGGCUGACCAUUCCUACCUGCGGCCUGGGGACUACCGUGUAGAGGUGAAUGCCUCCAACCUGGUGAGCUUUUUUGUGGCACAGACCACCAUCACUGUCCACGUGCUGGCCUGCAGGGAGCCUGGAGUGGAGGUGGCCCUGCCCUUGCAGGUGCUCAUGCGGCGCUCCCAGCGCAACUACCUGGAAGCCCAUGUUGACCUACGGGACUGCAUCACCUACCAGACUGAGUACCGCUGGGAGGUGUACCGCACCACUAGCUGCCAGCGGCUCGGACGCAUGGCCCGUGUGGCCUUGCCCAACGUGGACAUGAGCCGGCCCCAGCUGGUGGUGCCACGGCUGGCACUGCCCGUGGGCCACUACUGCUUUGUGUUUAUGGUGUCAUUUGGGGACACACCACUGGCGCAAAGCAUCCAGGCCAAUGUGACAGUGGUCCCCGAGCGCCUGGUGCCCAUUAUCGAGGGUGGUUCGUACCGUGUGUGGUCAGAUACUCAGGACCUGAUGCUGGAUGGGAGCAAGUCCUAUGACCCCAACUUGGAGGAUGGUGACCAGACACCGCUCAGCUUCCACUGGGCCUGCGUGGCCUCGACGCAGAGUGAGACAGGAGGGUGUGCGCUGACCUUCGGGCCCCGUGGGAGCAGCACGGUCACCCUCCCCCGGGAGCGCCUGCAAGCCAGCGUGGAGUACACCUUCAGCCUGACUGUGUGGAAGGCGGGCAGGAGGGAAGAGGCCACCAACCAGACAGUGCUGAUCCGGAGCGGCCGUGUGCCCAUCGUGUCCUUGGAGUGUGUGUCCUGCAAGGCGCAGGCAGUGUACGCGGUGAGCCGCAGCUCCUACGUGUACCUGGAGGGCCGCUGCACCAAUUGCCGUGGGGGCCUCAAACAAGGGCGCUGGACCGCGCACACCUUCGGCAACGAGACGCUGGUGCUGGACGAGGCCAGCACGUCAACGGGCAGCUCCGGCAUGCGGCUGGUUGUGCGGCGCGGCGUGCUACAGGACGGCGAGGGCUAUACGUUCACGCUCACGGUGCUAGGCCGCUCGGGCGAGGCGGAAGGCUGCGCUUCCAUCCGCCUUGCCCCAAACCGGCCCCCGCGGGGGGGCUCCUGCCGCCUCUUCCCACUGGCAGCGGUGCACGCACUCACCACCAAGGUUCACUUCGAGUGCAUGGGCUGGCAGGAUGCAGAGGAUGCGGGUGCCCCGCUGGUGUAUGUCCUGCUGCUGCGGCGCUGUCGCCAGGACCACUGCGAGGAGUUCUGUGUGUACAAGGGCAGCCUGUCUGCCUACGGGGCCGUGCUUCCCCCGGGCUUCGCACCCCACUUCCAGGUGGGCCUGGCCGUGAUGGUGCAGGACCAGCUGGGCGCUUCCGUGGUUGCCCUUAACAGGUCUCUGGCCAUCGCCCUGCCGGAGCCCGCAGGAGCCUCCCCAGACCUCAUGGCCUGGCUGCACAGCCUCUCAGAGAACAUGCUGCCCGGGCUCCUGAGACAGGCUGACCCGCAGCAUGUGAUCGAGUACUCAUUAGCACUCAUCACUGUGCUCAACGAGUAUGAGCAAGCCCUGGCUGCAGCAGCAGAGUUGGACCCCAGGCAACAGCUUCGAGCCCAGAUACGCAAGAAUGUCACUGAGACUCUGGUCUCCCUGCGGGUCAACACUGUGGACGACAUCCAGCAGAUCGCGGCCGUACUGGCCCAGUGCACGGCGUCCAGCCCGGAGCUCGUGUGCCGCUCAUGUUUGAAGAAGACGCUGCACAAGCUGGAAGCCAUGAUGCUCGUCCUGCAGGCGGAGACGGCCGCAGGCACGGGGACGCCCACCACCAUUGCCGACAGCAUCCUCAACGUCACUGGUGGCCUCAUCCACCUGGCCAGCUCAGACAUGCAGGGCCCACAGCCCUCCGAGCUGGGGGCCGAGCUGCCGGCGCUGAUGGUGGCAUCCAGGGCCUACCACCUCUCCUCGGCCCUCAUGCGCAUCCUCAUGCGCUCCCGUGUGCUUGAUGAGGAGCCUCUGACGCUGGUGGGCGAGGAGAUCGUGGCGCAGGGCAAGCGCUCAGACCCGCGGAGCCUGCUGUGCCAGGGUGCCACCUCGGGCCCCAGCUGCCACUUCUCCAUCCCCACGGCCUUCAGCGGGGCCCUGUCCAACCUCACCGACGUGGUGCAGCUCAUCUUCCUCGUCGACUCCAACCCCUUCCCCUUUGGCUAUAUUGGCAACUACACGGUCUCCACCAAGGUGGCCUCCAUGGCCUUCCAGACACAGGCCGGUGCCCAGAUCCCCAUUGGGCAGCUGGCCUCAGAGCGUGCCAUCACCGUGAAGGUGCCCAACAGCUCCGACCAGGCAGCCCAGGGCCCGCGAGUCCCUGCCAGCUCUGCUGUCAUCCCACCCCAGGCCUCGGUCAGCGUGGUGGUUGCCCCUGAGAGCAGCAGCCCUGAGGCGGGGCUGCACCUGCAGCUCACCUACACGGUGCUACACGGGCGCUACCUGCCUGAGGAGCCUGAGCCCUACCUAGCUGCCUACCUGCAUUCAGCACCCUGGCCCAAUGAGCAUAACUGCUCAGCCAGCAGGAAGAUCGGCUUGGAGGCUCUGGCAGGAGGCGACCACAGGCCCUACACCUUCUUCAUGGCCCCAGGGACCAGAGAGCCAGGUGGGACGUACUACCUGAACCUGACCAGCCACUUCCGCUGGUCAGCGCUUGAAGUGUCUGUGGGCCUGUACGCGUCGCUGUGCCAGUACUUCAGUGAGGCAGAGAUGACAUGGCAGACGGAGGGGCUCCUGCCCCUGGAGGAGACCUCGCCCAGCCAGGCUGUCUGCCUCACCCGCCACCUUACCGCCUUCGGCGCCAGCCUUUUUGUGCCCCCCAGCCGCGUCCACUUCAUCUUCCCAGAGCCAGCCUCGGGCCUGAACUACACUGUCCUGCUGACGUGCGCCGUGUGCCUGGUGACCUACGCAGUCAUGGUGGUGAUCCUGCGCAGGCUGGACCGGCUGGAUGUCAGGCGGGUCCAGGUCAUCCCUUUCUGUGGGAAGGGAGGCCGCUUCAAGUACGAGAUUCUGGUGAAGACCGGCUGGGGCCGAGGCUCAGGUACCACGGCGCACGUGGGUAUCAUGCUUUAUGGGGUGGAGAGCCGGAGCGGCCACCGGCACCUAGAUGGGAACAGAGCCUUCCACCGCAACAGCCUGGACAUCUUCCAGAUCGCCACCCCGCACAGCCUGGGCAGCGUGUGGAAGAUCCGCGUGUGGCAUGACAACAAAGGGCUCAGCCCCGCCUGGUUCCUGCAGCAUGUCAUCGUCAGGGACCUGCAGACAGCCCGCAGCACCUUCUUCCUGGUCAACGACUGGCUGUCGGUGGAGACUGAGGCCAAUGGGGGUCUGGUGGAGAAGGAGGUGCUGGCAGCAAGUGACGCGGCCCUGCAGGGCUGCCGGCGCCGUCUGGUGGCUGAGCUGCAGCGCGGCCUCUUCGACAAGCACAUCUGGCUCUCCAUAUGGGACCGGCCGCCCCGAAGCCGCUUCACUCGCGUCCAGCGGGCCACCUGCUGUGUCCUCCUCAUGUCCCUCUUCCUAGGCGCCAAUGCUGUGUGGUACGGGGUCCUGGGAGAUGCUGCCUACAGCGUGGGGCCCGUGUCCAGUCUGAUCCCGCUGAGUGCCGACAUGGUUGCCGUUGGCCUGGUGUCCAGCCUGGUUGUCUACCCCGUGUACCUAGUCAUCCUGUUCCUCUUCCGGAUGUCCCGGAGCAGGGUGGCUGGGGGCCCGAGUUCCACCCCCUCCGGCCAGCAGGUUCUGGACGUGGACAGCUGCCUGGACUCAUCUGUGCUGGACAGCUCCUUCCUCACCUUCCCAGGGCUGCGUGCUGAGGCUUUUGCAGGACAAAUGAAAAAUGACUUAUUUCUGGAUGAUUCGAAAAGCCUGGUGUGCUGGCCAUCCAGCGAAGGGACGCUCAACUGGCCAGACUUGCUGAGUGACCCAUCCAUCGUAGGGAACACCCUGCAGCGUCUGGUGCGAGGCCAGAUGGGCCACGUGCUGGGCGCAGAAGAUGACGGUCUCUCCCUGGUCAGCCCCUCCUUGCCUACCAAAUACUUCUCAGCUUCUGAUGAAGACCUGAUCCGGCAGAUCCUUGCAGAAGGGGCCAGCAGCCUGGUGCCCACCCAGAACACUCAGGCUGAAACAGACCUGCUCCCUGGCCUGUCCAGUGCCCCUGGGGAGAGGACGGAGACGCAGCUGCUGCAGGGGGACGGGGAGGGGAGGCCGCCCAGCCCUGGCCUGACCUGGGAGCCGCCCCUGUCGGCACAGUUCUGUGGGCCAGGGCUGGUGGAGGGUCUGCGGAAGCGACUGCUGCCAGCCUGGUGUGCACCCCUGGCCCAUGGGCUCAGCCUGUUCCUGGUGGCUGUGUCCGUGGGGCUCUCAGGGUGGGUCGGCGCCAGCUUCCCCUCUGGUGUGAGUGUCCUGUGGCUUCUCUCAAGCAGCUCCAGCUUUCUGGCCUCAUUCCUUGGCUGGGAGCCGCUCAAGGUCCUGCUGGAAGCCCUGUACUUCUCACUGGUGACCAAACGGCUGCACCCCGAUGAGGAUGACUCCCUGGUGGAGAGUCCGGCUGUGACUCCCGUGAGCGAACGUGUACCCCGUGUGCGGCCUCCCCAUGGCUUUGCCCUCUUCCUGGCAAAGGAGGAAGCCCAGAAGGUUAAGAGGCUGCACGGGAUGCUGAGGAGCCUCCUGGUAUACAUGGCUUUCUUGCUGGUGACACUGCUGGCCAACUAUGGUGAUACCUCAUGCCACAGCCACGCCUACCGUCUGCAGAGUGCCAUCAAACAGGAGCUGAACAGCCAGGCCUUCCUGGCCAUCACCCGGUCUGAUGAGUUCUGGCCCUGGAUGUCCCACGUGCUGCUCCCCUACGUCCAUGGGAACCAGUCCGACCCAGAGCUGGGGCCCCCACGACUGCGGCAGGUGCGGCUGCAAGAAGCACUGUGCCCAGACGCUGCCAGCUCGGGGGCCAGCCCGUGCUCAGCAGCCUCAAGCAGCUUCAGCACCAGCAAUUUCGGCACUGGCUGGGGGACCACUGCCCACAAUGGCUCUGCGGCCUGGGCCUACUCGGAGCCCGACCUGCUGGGCGUCUGGUCUUGGGGCUACUGCGCCAUGUACGACAGCGGGGGCUACGUGCAGGAGCUGGGGCUGAGCCUGGAGGAGAGCCGCGCGCAUUUGGGCUUCCUGCGGCUGCACAACUGGAUUGAUAACAGGAGCCGCGCCGUAUUCGUGGAGCUCACGCGCUACAGCCCGGCAGUGGGGCUGCACGCCGCCGUCACGCUGCGCCUCGAGUUCCCCGCAGCCGGACACGUGGUGGCCGCCCUCAGCGUGCGCCCAUUCGCCAUGCAGCGCCUCAGCGCAGGCCUGUCGUUGCCGCUGCUCACCUCGGUGGGCCUGUUGCUCUUCGCUCUCUACUUCUCUGUGGCCGAGGCGCGCGUCUGGCGCAGGGAGGGCUGGUCACGCGCAGCGCGGCCUGGGACCUGGGCACGGUGGCUGCUGGUGGCGCUGUCGGCGGCCGCGGCGCUUGUACGCCUCGCCCAGCUGGGUGUUGCCGAUCGCCAGUGGACCCGCUUCGUGCGCCGCCGACCGCGCCGCUUCACCAGCUUCGAGCAGGUGGCGCAGCUGAGCGCCGCCGCCCGCGGCCUGGCCGCCUCGCUGCUCUUCCUGCUCCUGGUUAAGGCUGCCCAGCAGCUGCGGUUCGUGCGCCAGUGGUCGGUCCUGGGCAAGACGCUGUGGAGGGCCCUGCCUGAGCUGGUGGGGGCGGCCCUGGGCCUGGUGGUGCUCGCUGUGGCCUACACCCAACUGGCUGUUCUGCUGGUCUCCUCCUGCAUGGACUCCAUUCAAAAUGUGGCCCGCGCACUCCUGGUGCUGUGCCCAGGGGCUGGGGGCCCUGCCCUGUGCCCUGCCGAGUCCUGGCGCCUGGCCCCUCUGCUGUGCACAGGGCUCUGGGCCCUGCGGCUGUGGGGCGCCCUGCGGCUGGGGGCCAGCCUUCUGCAAUGGCGGCACCACACACUGCGUGGCGAGCUCUACCGUCCAGCCUGGGAGCCGCAGGACUAUGAGAUGGUAGAACUGCUUUUGCGCCGGCUGCGCCUGUGGAUGGGCUUCAGCAAAGUCAAGGAGUUCCGACACAAAGUCCGCUUUGAAGGCAUGGAGCCGCCGCCCUCCCGCUCGUCCAGGGCCUCCAAGUCUUCCCCGGACGGGCCCCCACCGAGCGGGGGCUCUGACGCCUCACAACCCUCCACCUCCUCCAGCCAGCUGGAGGGGCUGAGCGUGGGUCUGGGCCGGCUGGGGCCAAGGGGUGAGCCUGAGCCCUCCCGCCUCCAAGCUGUAUUUGAGGCCCUACUUGCCCAGUUUGACCGACUAAACCAGGCUACAGAGGACGUCUACCAGCUGGAGCAGCGGCUGCAGAACCUGCAGGGCCACAAGACGAGAGGGCCUCCAGCCUCGCCUCCCGCUGGCCCCUCCCAAGGCCUCCGGCCAGCCUUGCCCAGCCAUCUUGCCCAGGCCAAUCGAGGCAUAGGCCUGUCAGCAGGUCCCUGCCGCGUAUCCCUGCGGGCCAAGAACAAGGUCCACCCUUGCAGCACGUAGUCCCUGGAGACCUGGGCUCAGGCCUCAACCCUGGGGGGGUGCUUCAUGCUGGGCCCUCAGAACCGGAGCAGACACCGCUCAGUAUUCCCUUCCGCCAUCCUCAGGGCCCAGGCCAGGCAACAGCCGCAUGCAGGUCCCCUGGGGCGUGGGCAGCACUAGCCUGUCGCUCUGUGGGCUUUAGCACUUUACAGAGGCCAAACGGCCAGCCAGGACCCAGGGUCCUCUCCCCAGCUCCCCGAGGGAGGGUGCAGCAGUAUCAGACAGAGGGCCCAGCCUCUGAGAUGCUAAUUUAUUUCCCAGUCCUCAGGUACAGCAGGCUGUGCCCAGCCCACCCCCUGGGCAGGCAGACACCUCCCACUGCUAAGGAUCCAGGCUGCAGGGAGGGACCCUGCACCCUCCUCCCUGUUAACCUUCCCCCCUAAAUUAUUACCUUACCUGCCCCCUUGCUGAGCACACUUAUCUCUAGCUGCUGUCUGUGUGUCUAUCGUCAAUAAUUUAUACGGGGUUAAAAUGUAUAUAUUUUUGUACAUUGCCCUUUCACAAAGGCUGAAAAGCCUAGUGGCUGAAAUGGCCCUGUGCCCGCUGUCAGUGCAGAACUAGCACUCCUCCCCAGAUAACCUGCCCACGUGGCUGGGGCCAGUGAAGGGACAGCUGCUUCCUGGCCCCAGCUAAGGCCUGGGCAGGUGCUGGGAUGGGACAGUUAGUUGGAAGAGCACGACCACCCCACGGCAGCUUGAUACCAAAGCGGCCUGUCCUGCCCAGGGUGGGGUUGGGCCUGCUGGUCAGGUCUGGGUGGGGAUAGGACUAGGUGCAUGGCAGAGGCCCCAGGUCAGGGGAGACCCUCCCUGGGGGCUGGCUCCCCAGGCUGGGGCAGGUGAAUGUGUGACAGUGAACGGGAAGUGCACAUGCCAUCUCCUGCAGGGGCAAGGCCCUGACAGCACACUGCGGGAUGCACCGUGGCAAUGGGCAUGGGCAUGGCUGUAGCCUUGAUCCCUCCCCAGCAGACAAAGUCAAAUAAAAGUUGGCUGACUGUGA